AUCACUGCUGGCUGUCUGUGCUUUCACUUAUCACUCACGUCUCAAGUCGGGUUUACUGAUUGUCCUUGCCGCUCAGAACAUUAAGACACUACAAAAGGAAGCUUCACUGUCGUAGAAAGGCCAGACUGCGUAGAGGCGUGAGGAAAAAGUAUUCCAGUUUCCCUUCUGUCAUGUUCUCCUUUCCAAGCCCGACUUUACUCCUCCUGAGUCUCUUCCUGUCUCUGUCGUCCUCCCCUGUUCGCUCCUGUCGUAUCGGGAGCUACAGACAAUGUGUCAAAGCUCCCUUUGUACCAGGUCACAACCUGGUCGGAGAAGGCUUUGACGUGGUCACCCUCCAGCGUACAGGAGCCUACAUGAUUGAUGUGAAGAACUACCUGACCCCUAAAGGCACCUGUACUCUCUGCACCAACUCUUUGCAAGGCAACAAGCUGCAGAAACUUCCAGUCUCUGCAGUGGACUGGCGGGCAUUCAGCCAAUGUACAGCUGACCUUCAAAACAGUCAACACACCUCUGUCAGCUCCCUGGUUAACGAUUACAUCUCUCAGGACGGUAGUAGCUGGAAGUUUGGCCUAAAUUUGGAUAAGUUUGUGUCUGCCAGUCUGGAUGUGGGAGGAACUCGCUCUUCUGUGUAUAACUUUGCUUCAAAAAGGUCAAGAGAGGACCAUUAUUCCUUCAGCACCCACAGGAGCUCCUGCAUCCAUUAUCGUUACCGUGUGUCAAACAGGCGGCGACUCAGCUACCAGUUCAGAGAGGAUUUGGCCAGACUGCCAAGAUUUUACAACUCCUCCACAAAGGCUCAGUACAGUGAACUCAUAAAUACCUACGGCACACACUACAUCCGCCAGGUUUUCCUUGGGGGACAACUCAGGCGAGUUACAGCUGCACACAUCUGUUUGUCCUCCCUGAACGGGUUCUCCACACAAAAGGUCCACUCCUGCUUAUCACUAGGUGUCUCUUUAGGUCUGGGCAAGUUGAAACUAUCUAGUGAAUAUGACUCUUGCUCUGGGGUCUUACAGAACAAGGACAUCACAACCUCUUUCAGCUCGGGUCUCCACCAACACUACACAGAAGUGGUAGGAGGGACUGGUUGGGUGGGGGAGUUUUUGAUCACUCAAAAUGACUCCCUUGGCUACACAAAGUGGCUGAACACCCUGAAGGACCAGCCUGAUAUUGUUAAAUAUUACCUGAGGCCAAUGUAUAUGCUUGUGCCAAAUGCGGCACUGAAGGCAGGGUUGAAGGUGGCCAUUGAGCAGUACUUGGAAGACAAUGCAGUGAAAAAAUCUCCCAAAGAAUCAGACUGUGGAGCCCUGGUCUCAAACUGCUGUCCAAAGUUAUGGGUGGGAACGCUGGAGGUGACCGUCAUCAGAGCCUGGGGCCUUAGAGCAGACCUUUGGGGAGCGGACAAGACUGAGGGCUAUGUUAAGGUGUGGUAUGGUUCACACUAUCGCCAGACUCAUGUGGUAAAAUCAAACGAUCCCUGGUGGAAUGCCUAUUAUAAUUUCGGCAAGAUGGACACAAACUCAAAUUUCUAUUUCGAGAUCUGGGACGUGGAUUGGCCGAAUCAUGAAUUGCUUGGAAAAUGUUGGAGAAACCUGAGCCAAGGGACACACAUAUUCAACUGUCCAAUACAUGAGGGCACCUUUCAGAUUCAGUUCACUCUGACCUGUGACACUCAUCUGACUGGAGACAGGUGUGAACACUACAAACCAUCUACAGAGUGAGAAAUAUAUCACUAUAUAUACGGAAACUGCUUGUUUUUCUUUAAAACCAUAUUGAAUCACGUAACCAAUGUAAUAAAUGUCUUUAGAUAGCUCGGCAAUAAAAUGAUUUCAAUGCAAUUUUAA